GCGUGCGGCGUCGGUUCAAUUAAACGAUGCACGUUAAUUCAGUGUACGAACAACGCGAAGCUGACCGAGCCAAAAUAAGCUUCACGGGCAACGUCAACAGAUUUCUACCUGACGUUUCUUGAUAGAAAUUGUUGUUGUUGCCGCCGUUGUUGUUGUUGUUGUUGUUGUUGUUAUUGUUGUUGGUUUACUUUGAUUUGUGAAGAAAACUCGACGCAUCGGUGCUGGCUCGAUGUUUGCAAAGCGCUUUCGAAGAUUAUUGUUUUUUUCGGUUUUUUCGAAUGGUUUAUUCAUCGUUUGUCAAACAUAGGAAUGGGAGAUUAUUCAUGCUCGGAGAGCUACGAAUCUGUCGAUGUGAAGUGAAGAGACAUUUUUCAACAUGAUUCUUUUACAUUUUUAUUACGAACUUUUAGUGAUUUUAAUAACACUAGUAACUAGUUCAAUUAGCGAGGAAUUUGCUAACGCGGAAACCCGGUGGACGCUCGUGCGCGAGUUCGUUGAUCCUGUCAUUGUUUCCCGUCAUUACGAACGUCAUAGAAGAUCGACCAUUUGGGACAAUGAUUUUGAGGAUAAUGAUGAAAAAUCGGUCGUCGUUCUCGUCGGUAAUUGGAGCCUCGAAACAUUCAGGAACGAUCGUCUCGUCGUUUCGCCUAAAUUCGAAGUUCAUUGGGCCCGAUCGACACACCGGAAGUCCACGGGUCACCAGUUUUUCCCGCCAAAACAUUAUUCCGAGUGUGACCCUCGCCAAGGUCGAGUCCUCGAUUACGACGACUCAAUCGUCGCUCUUACCAUCUGCUCUGACGAGUUUUACGUCAUGAUUCGCCUCGAGGAUCAUCUCGUUUUUUAUGUUCGACCCACUUCUGACGGUCGCCACGUUCUCGAACAGAUGAAAAUCCCCCCAGUUGAGCCUCUAAAUUCUCGAGAAUCUCUCAAUCAACGAAAUCCCAACGUCGAUGGAGCAUCGCUUGAUCGCGAUGUCGGUAAUCUCAUUGAAAUACUGAAAAAACCAGGCACUUCAGUGACGAGUGCUGCGAAGAAAAAAAACCUCAGCGUUUCACCUCAUUCUCGGAGCUCCGAGAGGAGAAAUUCUUCGGCUCCAACCUCCCGAAAAAAACGAGCCGUUGGCGGUUGUCCCAGUAAAAGCUUUUACAAUUUAACCGGCGACACCAUCGCUCUCGAAGGCGAUCCGAUACCCAUAAACGUGGAAGAUCCAGGCAAAAAUCCGGACACUGCCGGAGAUGAUUUCCCGAAAAACGAGCGCGAGGUUGAGAUGAAAGACAGCGAAGAACACGUGGUGGAUCAAGAUGGCGAGAACGUGGGUUACUUUUACGAUCGUACGUGGGAAAAAACUAAAUUACCGAGGAGAAAAUUGAUCGGUAAGACGUUGCCACCCCGAUGGUUAGAGCUGGGAAUAGCGAUCGAUUACUCCGUCAUCAAUUUCCAUGGUCAACGAGUCCAGCAGUAUGUUCUUGCUCUUUUGAAUAUUGUGAGCGCGAUCUACAAGGACCCUUCAUUGGAUUCGAAUCUGCGUCUGGUGAUCGUGAGAAUGAUUUUUUAUUCUGAGAAAUCGGAUGGCAUGGUGAGACAGGGAAACGCGAGAAAGUCAUUGGAAAACGUCAACAAGUGGAACAGAAAAUUAUUGUCAUCCGCUGAUGAAAAUCAUGACGUAGCGGUUUGGUUAACGAGAUUGGAUAUCGGUGGGCCCUCGGGAUACGCGCCAGUCGGAGGUGCCUGCGAUCCUGCGCGAUCCUGCGCCUUGAAUCGUGACGAAGGACUGACCAGCGCCUUCAUUAUAGCUCAUGAAGUUGCACAUAUUUUGGGGCUGACUCACGACGGUGACGAAACGGCGGGUAACACGUGCGGCGAAGAAGCUUUAAUGGGGAGCGUGAUGGCGCCGAUGGUGGCCGCGACCUUCCAUCGUUUCCACUGGUCGUCCUGUUCCCGAAAAGAAUUUCAUCGUCACAUCAAACACUUUCAGUGUCUCGAUAACAAACCGAGUGACGGUAAUUCUACGCAUCUGGGCAAGGAAACUGCUAGAGAAACUUUCACCAUGGACGAACAGUGUCGAAUGGAAUUUGGCGAGGGGUACGCCCUUUGCCGAAGUUUCGAACUGCCUGGACCAUGCUCUCAUUUGUGGUGUGGCCAUACCAGUGUCAGUGAAGUUUGUAAAACUAAAAAGGGGCCUCCGCUGGAGGGCACGGUCUGUGGCAAAAAUAAGUGGUGUAUCAACGGUUAUUGUGAAUCCGUAGACCGAAAACGCUUCGGGUUCGAUCGGCUGGUGAACAAGCCGCGUAACGGUGGCUGGAGCUCCUGGACAGCGUGGGGAAAAUGCUCCAGGUCUUGUGGGGUCGGCGUACGCUUUCGUUUUCGUCAAUGCAACGAGCCUACCCCAGCACACGGAGGAAGAUAUUGCGAAGGCAAUAGCGAAGAUUACACGACGUGCGAACUGGCGAACUGUUCCACUCACGUCGAUCUGCGACAACAGCAGUGCCUCAGGCUCCCCGUUCUCGUUCGCUUAGAAGAAACUUCGCCAAAAUUCUCCAUGACUUGGCUCCCCCACGAACCCCAUGAAAAUCAUCUCAAAUGUCGCAUUUCCUGCAGAUCUGCCGAAACUGGCGAGAUCUUUCUUAGCCAGGAGUCCCUCACCGAUGGCACGCCGUGCUCUUAUGGUGCGACCGACAUUUGUGUUCAGGGCACGUGUCGCCGAAUGGGAUGCGACAAAAUUUUCAAUUCCGAGACGAAAAUGGAUUCCUGUGGCGUAUGCAACGGAGAUGAUACGACGUGCUCGAAGCUCGUCAACAAGUUUAACCGGAAAAUUCGUCGAGGUAUGACGAGGGUCGCAAUAGUUCCGCGAGGUUCUUACAACGUGAGUGUGAACGUGACGAUGGCGGCUCAAUCUUCUCUGGCUCAUGAGAACCUGACAUUUACGAUCCGCGAUCGUAGGAGACGUAGAAACGAUUUAGUCGAAUUCGAUUCCUCGGGAUUGGGUCAGAUAUCGAUAGUCGAGGGUGCAGCAUUCCGAUCACGGAGGUUCGGAGAUGCUUACGAGAUUUGGACGAGGGGACCGGUGCUCGCUGAAAUAGUCAUAUCACUCGCUGUGCCGGAAGCUUCGGUCAAAAGCGGCGUAACUAUUUCCGUCGUAUCUCGAUAUAUCGUCAACCGCAAAGAUUCCAUCAAAAAAACAAAGUACUCGUGGCUAUUCGGGGGCUGGAGUGCCUGCUCGGCCCACUGCGGGGGAGGAACUCGCCACAAAAUGAUCGCUUGCAAGGACGAUGAAACUGGGAAAACAGUGAAUCGGAGGAAGUGUUCGUUGUUGAUGAAACCGAUGAGGCAGGUCGAGAAGUGCAAUAAUUUUGGCUGCCAAGUCAAAUGGAUCCCAGGACUCUGGCAAGAAUGUUCCGCAACGUGUGGUACCCAAGGGAUUCAGCAUCGAGAUUUAUUCUGUGUGAAUACUUCUUUCGUCGAUAAAAAUGUGACGAACGAGAACGAAUUGACGGUGUACAAAAUAAUGGUAUCUCCGAUGCGAUGUAAAGGAGAGCGCCGACCACAGACGAAGCGUGAGUGCAACAGGAUAGCUUGUCCCGGAAAUUGGAUAUUUAACGACUGGUCGUCGUCGAGGAAUCCUACAUUCGCGAAUAAAAUCAUAGCCAGAACGUGAUUGCUUUUCGUCGUAGCGGUUAGAAAAUUUCUUUUUUUUCGUUUUCUUUUUUUUUUUUCAAAAUAUCUGUUAAACGAGAUAUAUUUUAUUACGAAUAUAUAUUUUAUGAUAUCGAUUUUUCUACGACUCGAUGGUUUGUUAAAAAUAUCUGAGAUUUAUCAAAAUCAUAGAGAAAGUGAUUUUGACGUUGAUAAAUUAUUGAAGUUUCAAAAGUCCGUUGCAACGCAAUUUCUCAUCCCUCGGGCAUUCAAUCUGCGAAACAAACUCCCGAGAAUCCAAAAAAUUCGACAAACUUUCUCUUAUUUUACGAGCUAUACAGUCCAGUCGAUUGGAAAUAAUUGCUUUUGUAUUCCAUAGUAUAAAUACGUAUAAAUAUUUAAAAAUCUAACGGAUAUUUAACUUAAAAGUAUGAUAAAUUUGAAUGUUCGGAAACGACGCUCUAGACUUUCUACGAACACGGAGGCAGUUCGAACUGGAGAUUUAUCUUGCAGCAAUAGUAAUUAUGGAACUACUGCCAUCAUCACCGAUGAUAGAAUUACGAAUUUUCAUGAGAACGAAUAAAAAUCUUUUGCAUAGAACGGAAGAAUUUGGCUUAUUUUCAUAGAAUUUUUCAUUUAGCUUAACAGAAAAGAAACAAAAACAGAUUUUUCCAUUGGUUCCUAUCGCAGUAAGUUUAUUUUCCAGUUUCGAUGCUCCAAUACUUAAUAUAACAGACUCUAUUUAACUUUUGUGCAUCUGUAUAUAUUUCACACGUGUUGUCACGUCUUCUGACACUCAUGACCCCCCCUUAAUUAUUCUCCUGGUCAUAGAUCAUUUUACAAUAAAACAUAAUUUCAUGUGA